AUGGGCCCGUCAGGCGUCGGGAAAAGCACGUUCAUCAACAACUACCUAGGCCGCGACGCCGCCCGAGUCACGCACGACUAUAGCACCUGCACGCGAACCGUCACCGCCUUCCCCGACUCCAUCCCCGACGACUGGCUUCCCUCUCCGAAGAAACGACUAGUCCUAGUCGACACACCCGGGUUCUUUGGUGGAGACGGAAGCGACCUCGACGCUCUCCAACGGAUAUCCAACUGGUUGAGACCUAAGAACAUAGGGGAUGGUUACGACAGGCCCGAACGCCACCUCACAGGCAUAAUCUACCUCCACGACAUGACCCAAAAACGCAUGGUGCGCGAAACCCAAAUGUCCUUCGACCUCUUCCAAAAGAUCUGCGGGCCCGACUCCUGCCCCAAGACCUUCCUCGUCAAAACCCAAUGGCCCCGGCCACCAGACGCACAAUCCCUCAUCCGCUCCAUCGACCUCGACAACACGUUCUUCAAACAAAUGACAGAAGCCGGCGCGAGGAGCCUCGACCUCCGCGACGACGUCACCGAAAGGGAUGUGGUGAAGAGUGUGUUUGAGAAAGACGUGGCGAAUAGUAUUAUUUUGCAUUUGCAGAGGGAGUUGCGGGAGGGUAAGACGAUUCCUGCGACGGAUGCGGGGAAGGAGUUGAGGAGGUGUUUGAUGGAGUUGUUGAUGUAUAGCGAUCCGAGUUCGCAGAGGGAGCAGGUUGCGGUGAUUAAGAAGACGAUUAAGCAGUUGAGCGCGGAUCCGUCGAUGAGGAGUAGGAUUAAGACGUGGGUUCGACAGAGGUUCUGA